AUGUACAACCCCAUCUGCGCCUACGCAUGCCAGUAUUCUUUCGGGUCGAAUCCGCUGGUAUGCACUGACGAGGCCUCGUUCGAUGGCUCUGGUAUGGGUGGAAUGAACAUAAGACGCAGCGAGGAUGGAAUAGUUCUUCCCCAGAACGUGAGCGCGAUGCCGUCGUCGACCUGCCAUGCCGAGUCCGAGCCGUUCCUCACAUCGGUAGCCUGGUGCAUCCAUGAGAAAUGCGACGGCGAGUUUAUCUGGAAGAUCGAAAAGUGGUGGCAGUCAUACGUGGUCGGGAACUCACAAUCAGAUCCUCCACCGUCCCUUUCGUACGGCGCGGCGCUUGCUUUGGUGUCCUCACGGCCGAACAGUACUUGCUCGAGCGGACAGAUAUUGAACGAAAAAUGCCUCGUCGAUGAAACACUCUACCACGCUCAACAUGUUUCUCUCAAUUUCAACCAAAAUAUUGAGAUCCAGCAUGAACGUUUCGGUCUAGUCAUCCUCUUAUCUGGCGUCGUUAUCCCUGUUGGUUUCUCGCUUUUACGCUUCCUCCCCUUUCCAAAACGAUGGGCAAGCGCGCUCAGUGGCCAUUUCAUCUAUCCUUCGCUUCUUCGACCAUGGCGUAACUCGCCGGUUGCUGCCGUCGUCGGCGACCCACCGACAAGAGGCCAAGCACUUUUCAUAGGGUACUUGAUCCUCCUUAAUAUUUUCCUCAGCGUUCAACAUUCAACCUUCGUCCUGCUGCACCGAUGGGUAGCGCAUAUCGCCAUCCUCGAAGCUAUCCUACACUCCCUUAUCUUUCUCCACGCCUGGAUCCGGAAAGAUAGACUUGAGAAAGAUCAGGUUCUGCCGUAUUGGUGGUGGGGUUGCAUUGCGACAAUCGCGGCGUCGCUCGUCCUGCCCCUUUCCAUUCCCCUACUUCGCCAGCGCAGCUACGAGCUUUUCCUCGCAAUUCAUAUAGUGGCUGCAAUUCUUAUUUUCCUGGGCUCAUGGUAUCAUAUCAUCCACCGUUAUGAACACCAAUGGGGCUACGAAACUUGGCUAUAUGUUGUGUUUGCAGUUUGGGGGUUCGACAGGUUGAUUCGCUUGCUGCGCGUUCUUCGCAAUGGAGUUCGGACCGCGAAUAUUACUGUUAUUAACAGCGACUACGUCAGGAUUGACAUAAAGGGCGUCGUUGGGGCGGGCCAUGUCUAUCUCUAUUUCUUAGACUGGCGUUUCUGGGAGAACCAUCCUUUUAGUAUCGUAAGCUCAGUCAUUCAGCAGGGUGAUACAUCAUUGAAUGAAGAGAAUGUCUCACAGGCGAAAGACGUAGUAUUGGGCGGUGCGGAGUUUCGAUCACAGCGUUGA